UGCAGCGUCCUGACAGCAUAAUCAUAACGGCAAAGUGCUAGAAUAUCGCAUGACUGGCUGUAUCGAAUAGCGGAGAGAACAAAUCUUUUAAGUGAAUCGUUCGUUCAUUCCUUUGCACCGACUCGUGUUUGGUUCGUCCGAGUAAGGGCGUGACUCACUGGCAUUUUCUCCCGUCAGCAAAUAAUAUUCGAGUGUGGACUGUGGAAGGAGAUUUUCAUUGGUUGGUUCGUUUGAAAGAAUACGCCCCUUACUGAACGAGACUCGGAGAAUCGUCUCUGAACCAUUGACUUCGAAUACGAUUUGUGAACGAUAUGAAUGAACGAGGCAUAUCUCGUUCGUAAGGGAUUUGAAAUAACUGGCCAUUUUUACGUAAAUAUGGAUCUGCUAACCGACUGAAGGGGCAUGUCGUUGAGCAGCAAGGAAGAAUUAUGACCACACAGAAUUAACAUGACGUUGACAGCACCCAGACAAGGAAGAUCUGUCACUCCACAGUCAGCAGUGACAAGGACAGAUAUUGGACUGAAUCAGAUCAGUCAGGACUGUUAUUCUGCCUGUAGAAGCACUUCCUUCUGGAGCUUUAUAUCUGUCUCGUGUCCACACAGUCCAUGCCAUGGAGGCAAUAGCUAAAUACGAUUUCAAAGCUACUGCGGAUGAUGAAUUAAGUUUCAAGCGAGGAGAGAUUUUAAAGGUUUUAAAUGAAGAAUGUGACCAGAACUGGUACAAGGCAGAACUCAAUGGAAAAGAAGGAUUCAUCCCUAAAAAUUACAUAGAAAUGAAGCCACACCCCUGGUUUUAUGGGAAGAUUCCCCGUGCAAAGGCAGAAGAAAUGUUAAAUAAACAGAGACACGAUGGAGCUUUUCUCAUUCGAGAGAGUGAGAGUGCACCUGGAGACUUCUCGCUGUCUGUCAAAUUUGGGAAUGAUGUCCAGCACUUCAAAGUCUUACGGGAUGGAGCAGGAAAAUACUUCUUGUGGGUGGUCAAAUUUAACUCAUUAAACUCUUUAGUGGAUUAUCAUCGGUCCACUUCUGUGUCCAGGAAUCAGCCCAUUUUUCUCAGGGACAUUGAACAGGUACCACAGCAUUCAACAUAUGUUCAAGCUUUGUUUGACUUCGACCCUCAAGAGGAUGGAGAGCUGGGUUUCAGACGUGGAGAUUUUAUCCAUGUCCUGGACAACUCGGAUCCUAAUUGGUGGAAAGGGGCUUGUCACGGACAGACCGGAAUGUUCCCUCGCAAUUAUGUCACACCUGUCAAUCAAAACAUGUAACUUUCAUAGAAAAUGUUUGCUUGCUUAAAGCACCUGUGGACUUCCAGCUGGGUUGCCAUGGAAACAGAAACCGCAGAUUGAUGGAGAAAAAAGGCUCAGUUGGUGAUAUGGUUGUCGAUUUGCGGAAAAAUAAAGACUGUGCUGUUUGGAGUGGUUGACAGUUUAAGAAGCAUUACAGGCUGUGUGAGAAAAACGCUCCAGACUGAUAUUCAUGUACUGUGUAUCACAUCAACUUUGCUUCAUAUGCAACUAUAUUUCAUGCUAUAAGACAUCAGCUGUAUAAACAAAAAAAGCCACAAUAUCACCGUCACAAUACUAGUACAGUUUUGCACCAGGAUUCAUUUUAAAACACCAUGUUAUGCUUGAUUUGUAUUGUUAAAAUGCAUCAAGCAUUUUUCAUGCUUGAUUUUUGUAUUUUUCAUCUUUACAGAAAUAGUGUUACUGUGUUAUUUGGUGUGGGAUUAUCAAUCGUAAUUUCAUUAAGCCAUAUAAUUUAAUUUCAUACUUUAGUCAAGUAGACUUACAUAUAGUCAUAGCUUUGUAUUAAAGUUGUAGUUUACACAGAAAUAUUAAUUCUGUCAUUAUUUACUCAUCCUCAUUUGUUCCAGAUUUGUUUGACUUACUGUAGAAGUAAGUCAAAAUGUGCAUAGAAGAAAGAAAGUCAUACAGGUUUGGAACAUCAUGAAGGUGAUGCCAGAGUUGAUUUUUAUGGGUAAACUGUCCCUUUAAAUCUAAAUAGCUUGAAAAUAAUGUAAUGGUGCCAAAGCCUCUGUAGCAGAACAGUGAUACAAUGUAACAAAUUUGGAGCAUUUAAUGAAGCCCUUUAAAAUGGCACUUGGUAUAUAAUUCCAUUUGGGAUUUUUAGUUGGUUACUCUACAUGAUUCCUGAAUAAAUUACACAGAAUAAAGAUACUUCCAGUAAAACCUCCUAA